CUGAGCGCGCGCAAACCGCUGCGCGGCUCAGUGGCCCCGAGACUGAGUUGGCGGCGGGACGUGGUGGCCCUGGCCGCUGGAGAAGAGCUUUGUUUCUGUCAGCCAGCAUGGCUUCCAAAAGGAGAACUUUGAGCUUUAGUGAACGGCAUCAAAAAUUAGUAGAUGAUAACUACCGCAAAAAAUUGCAUGUCCAGGAGCUAAAAAAUAUACAGAGUCAAGUGAGGAACCAAAUGGUGCAAAAUGGAAAUGAUACCCGUGUUGAGCACAAGAGAUUCCUCAGAUUAUUACAGAAUGAACAAUUUGAGUUGGAUAUGGAAGAGGCCAUUCAAAAGGCAGAAGAAAAUAAGAGAUUGAGGAAACUCCAGCUUGAACAAGAAGAAAAAUUGGCUAUGGAACUGGCAAAACUAAAACAUGAAAGUCUAAAGGAUGAAAAGAUGAGACAACAAGUAAGAGAAAACAGUAUCGAGCUCAGAGAAUUGGAGAAGAAGUUAAAAGCAGCUUACAUGAAUAAAGAAAGGGCAGCUCAGAUUGCUGAAAAAGAUGCCAUUAAAUAUGAGCAAAUGAAACGUGAUGCUGAAAUAGCCAAAACCAUGAUGGAAGAGCAGGAGCGAGUAAUAAAGGAAGAGAGUGCUGCUGAAGACAAACGGAACAAAGUGAAGGCACAAUACUAUUUUGACUUAGAGAAACAAGUUGAAGAGCAAGAGAGAAAAAAGCAAGAAGCUUAUGAACAGUUGUUGAAAGAAAAACUCAUGAUUGAUGAAAUUGUUAGGAAAAUCUAUGAAGAAGAUCAACUAGAAAAACAACACAAAUUAGAAAAAAUGAAUGCCACUCGAAGGUAUAUAGAAGAGUUUCAGAAAGAGCAGGAUCUCUGGAGAAAGAAGAAACGUGAGGAGAUGGAAGAAGAAAACAGAAAAAUCAUAGAAUUUGCCCACAUACAGCAGCAAAGAGAAGAAAAUCGGAUGGCAAAAAUUCAAGAAAAUGAAGAAAAAAGACGCCAGCUUCAGGAUGCGCUGGCUCAGAAAUUGGAAGAAAUGCUGCGGCAACGUGACGAUCUGGAACAAGUACGACAGGAAUUAUAUCAGGAGGAACAAGCUGAGUUACACGCCAGAAAACUAAAAGAAGAAGCAGAAGAGAAAUUGAGAAAGCAAAAAGAGAUGAAGCAAGAUUUUGAAGAACAAAUGGCCUUGAAGGAACUAGUAUUACAGGCUACAAAAGAGGAAGAGGAGAUCUUUAGGAAAACUAUGCUAGCUAAACUUGCUGAGGAUGAUCGAAUAGAAUUGAUGAAUGCUCAGAAACAAAGAAUGAAGCAACUGGAACACAGGAGGGCUGUGGAAAAACUUAUUGAAGAUCGCCGCAACCAGUUCCUUGAAGACAAACAACGAGAACUAGAUGAAUGGCAUUCACUGCAAAGACAACAAGGAUGUAUCAAUACAAUUAUUGAAGAAGAAAGGCUAAAACUGCUGAAAGAACAUGCUACAAAGUUACUAGGAUAUCUCCCUAAAGGAAUAUUUAAAAAAGAGGAUGAUAUUGAUUUGCUUGGUGAAGACUUCAGGAGAACCUAUCAAAAAAGGCGGGAAAUUUGUGAAGAGAAGUGAGUAGCAUCAAGACUUAGUAACAUAUUGAAGAAUCCAAACUUUGCCACUAGAUGUCAGCAUAACUUAACACUUCAAGGGCCGUAGGACUCCAUUAUCUAUCUACCUGGAUUUCCUGAAGCAUCACAGUAUAAACAACAGUAAUUUUGCAUUUUUAAAAAUCUGAUAUUUCUGUACAUCUAAAUUCUACACCAUCUGUCAGGUAUAUUCACUGUGACUAACUCUAAAUUGAAUUUUAUGUUUAGAAUUUGGCUUUUAAGCAUUUUUCCUGUCUACUAUAUCUAAAUAAAGAAUAAGGAACUUCA